AUGGAUCACAGUCCAUGUGCUGUGUGGGCUUAUCGUAAUCCUCUUUUAGAUGAAAUGCAGAGAGAAAAUGAAGCACUUGACACCCUACACAUAUUUAGCGAUGGUCCAGCCACACAGUCAGUAAAAACAGAAAGGUCAACCCCAUCUAUUUUGAGCACUGGAUUGACUGUAGAUGAAGAUGCUUUGAAUCUCUAUCCAGCAGAUGUCGAACAAAGAUCAGUUAUUUAUCCAGUUGUUGUGACUGGUGAUGGGAACUGUUUACCAUAUACAGAAAGCGUUUUGGCAUUUGGACACAAGGAUUAUUGCAAGGAGAUGAGAGUUCGUAUAGUGUUUGAACUAGCCAUUCACAAGGAACUAUACUUGUCAAAUGAAUAUCUCCGAGCAGGACUUGCUGAUAAUAGCACUGACCAGCCUUACCUAGCUUUAGUCAACGAUAUAGACAAAGAGGAAGUGUGUAUGGGCGCUGUAUGCAUAGGCUCAGAGAUUAUUACCUGCAGUUGUCGGGGAUGGUCUAGGUCCAACGAAGCUUUACCCAUUGUAACAAGGCCAACAUCAAGUAUAAAUGUUGGAUCAAAUUAUAAUGAAUGGAGGGAGCCAGUUUUCGAAAUUGGGCAUGGAGAAAGUGACAUAGGCAGAUAUUUCAUAGAAACAGGUCUGCACGUAGAUCAGGCUGAUUGGGAAGAUAGCUGUAAGAUUAUGGACAAGGUGAUGAGGGUCGUAGCACGUGAAAUGAAAAAUUCAGCCAACAUCCAUUUUCCAGGACUUGUUUUAGAUGACAAUUUUAUCAAACAAGGAAGCUCAAGAGAAGGUUUGAAAGUCUGCGAUUCAUUAGAAUUUGAUUUUAUUUCGCCAUUUCGCAUUGAAGGUUUAAGGACUCAGAAAGAGAAUGUUUUUGAUCGUUAUGGUAAUGUACUACCUGGCUUUUUCAAAGAGAAAAUCAUCAAUGAUUAUGAUGCUCCACCAUGGAUGAGAAAACAUAGUCUACUUGAGGAUGACUUUGGGGAGAAAUAUAUUAACACAAAUAACUUUCAGAAGAAAGUUUUCACAUCUCUUUUGGACAAAUCAAGGGAUGAAAUUAACAGUCAGUUACAGAUAAAGACAACUUGGAAUGAAAGCUACCGCAUUGUUCGUAGUGUAUACGCUCCUAACUUAAAAAUUACAUUGCAGGUGAGAAGUCAAAGUGGAUUAAAAGGGUUAGAUAAAAUAGUAUUUGAGUCGUCCCAAGGAUUAGAGGUUAUAGAAUUAGAAGCUGACCUGGUCCCCGCCAUUUGCUUGUCGUCUGACACAGUACCGGAUCCAUACACUGUUCAUGAUUUUCAUCCGUGCUUACAACAUCACCCAACAUCCUAUAGAGAUAGACAGAUGCCCUGUGAAAGAUACGGAGUCAUGAAAUGGGUCAAUGAAAGUACCAAUGCCAUUCCAUUAGACCCAAUGCAAAGCAGAGAUGUACUUUGGAGAAAUUCAACUUGUGGAUAUGAAAAGCACAUUUUAGAUGUAGCUCGCAGAAACCAAAGUCAGAGGUAUAUUUUGACUGCCUGUAGACUAUUCAAGGGUGCGUUGCAUCAGUUCAGAUUGAAUUCACGCGGCAUCUCACAGCUAGAUAGUGUUGUAAAAUCGUACCACCUUAAAAAUAUUUGCCUUUACUGCAUCCUCUUCCUGACGAUAGCAAGCAAAGAAAAUAAACUUAGUGGAGUUAAAGAAGCAUUAGGAUACUUCAUUAAAUAUCUUCAUCUUAGUAUUGAUGCAGAACUCCUACCACAUUUCUUUUAUGGAAAUCCUUACGUCAAACUGAUGUUCCCUUGGAGUUCAUUCGAGGAAGAGACAUAUAACCUCUUUUCUUUCAAAGAUCCGCAGACUUUGCGCCAAGCACGAUUGAAUUUUCCAAAGUUCUUGCAGACAUUGAAAGGUCUUUACUACGAAGAGUGGAUGUUAGAUUCUGAUAAAGUCAAUUUAUUCGAAGAUUUGUUGGAAACACAUAGUUCACUUUAAAUGUAUUGUAUGG